AUGGAGUACCUCUUCGGUCGAAGAAAAACACCUGCUGAGCUUCUGCGACAAAAUCAGCGUGCAUUAAACAAAGCAAUUCGAGAGCUCGACCGAGAGAAAUCGCGCAUGGAAAUGCAGGAGAAGAAAGUCAUUGCGGAAAUCAAAAAGAUGGCAAAGCAGAAUCAGAUGGAUUCAGUGAAAGUUAUGGCGAAAGACCUUGUACGCACUCGUCGUUACAUCAAGAAGUUCAUUAUCAUGAAGGCCAACAUCCAAGCUGUCUCACUCAAGGUUCAGACCCUAAAAAGUCAGGACGCUAUGGCACAGGCUAUGAAAGGAGUCACGAGAGCAAUGCAAUCAAUGAACCGACAACUGAAUCUCCCGCAAAUUCAGAAAAUCAUGAUGGAGUUUGAAAAGCAGAGCGAAAUUAUGGAUAUGAAAGAGGAAAUCAUGGGUGAUGCUAUCGACGAUGCUCUUGGCGAUGAGACCGACGAUGCCGAGAGUGAGCAGAUCGUCAAUCAG